ACCCUCGAACCUCUUCGGCCUGCUCCUGACAGUGAACCCUUGAUACGCACUUCCUUUCGCAAUAAUGACAAUUCGUCAAAAAGAGAACGCACACCACGAGCUGAAGAGGCAGCUGGCGCUACGAUACGCGCGGCCCACAAAGAUGGCGAGCAGAGCACAAGCAUCACCAAUACCGUACACAGCCUUGAAAGAAGAGACCUUCACAUAUGUGCUAUUGACGGCACCACCGCCGAGGAUAGUUCUACAACUCAAUUGCAAGAAGAUCGUAGUUCGCCCAUCAAUACAGGGCCGCCACAAAUUCCUCAUGACUCAUAUUUUGCAGAGCAUGAUGAACGCCAAUCGACGUUACAAACGAAGGGUCUGCCCACUAACGCUGCGAUGGGAAUGGCCGCGCCAGAUGCGCUGCAAAAGGCUACGGGUCAAGAGCCAAUCCCAACUCCUGCAGUGCUGGAAUUGAGCCUCUCGGCAGAACCGCUACAUGAUGUAGCAAAGCCUGUGAGAGGGACCCUCGAAGAUCUUGCCGACUGGAAACUUCGAAUGAGAGAGCUGUACAGCGACAGAGCGGCACUUGCCAAAGAGCUGGAAGAGGGGAAGUCUGGAUUGAAAGGCAUCGAGAAAAAUAUAGAAGAUACCCGUGCGGAGCAGCGAAGAUUGGAGGACAAAAAGGCGGCAAUUGACCAGGAAAUUUUAGAAGCGGAUAAGGUAGGCAAACGAUACGAUGAGAAUCUGACAAGGGAGGAGGAGAAGACUUCGACGAGAGAGAUCGCCCUUCGCGACAUGAACGACAGGACUGAGCAUAAAGCUGGAGCUACAAGAAGUCUGGAACAUAUGUGA